UGAACAGGAACUACGUCACUUGGGAACGCCGCACUUCUUAGCAGCGGCGGCGGGAAGGGCGGCGCGAGGCCCUGUCGCUUCCCUGGGCCUGCGGCUCCGUCAUGAACAGCGUGGGGGAGGCGUGCACGGAGCUGAAGCGCGAGUAUGACCAGUGCUUCAACCGCUGGUUCGCCGAGAAGUUCCUCAAGGGGGAGAACGCGGGGGACCCCUGCGUGCAGCUCUUCAAGCGCUACCAGCUCUGCGUGCAGAAAGCUAUUAAGGAGAAAGACAUACCCAUCGAAGGGCUGGAAUUCAUGGGUCCCAGGAAAGGAAAAGCUGAAAACUCCUCCUGAUCUUGUUUGGACAUCUUGUGCCAUUACAAUGACCUUUUUGGACUUGGAAAAAGAACGUCACAAAGACUAGAUGAUUGCCUUGGAUUAGCUGUUAUUUCUGCCUGGCUUUUUAAGAAGCAAGAAGUCUUUUCUGCAGUUCCUUUCAGCUAGGUUUUGUGGCAAUUACUGUUUCAUCCUAAAUGAAUGUUGUUGGUGGUCUGGCAUCAUGCGGUGUGUGAAUAGCCUUUUUAUCAAUUUAUAAUCAUAAGUGAAUGUACUCUGAACAGGGGAAUAUUUAUUGAAAUGGGUUUAGAUAUUAGCUGAUCUAUGAUCAGUUGCUUUUUUAUUUAUAUAACAUUAAGACAAUUUUAAAUACUGAAAUUAAUGUGAAAGGGGUUAAUUUACGUAUUGGAGUGUGCUGCUGGAUUUUUAUUGGGGAUAGGGUUGGUUUGUUUCCUGAAAACUGAUGUGCUACAGCUUUGCUUCAUAUUGUGCAACUGUAAUGCUGCCAUGAAAGGCCCACUGCUGGAGUUGCAAUGAUUUUUGUUUGAAUGCACAAGGUGUUGUUUUAAUAUAGAAUACACAUCAGUCAACUAAAGUUAUGCUUGACUAAAUGAGACAACUGUCCGGUUAAACCUGCCUGUGCCCUUUAAGAUGGGAAGGGGCCAGCCUGUCACAGAAGUGAAUAGGAGCAACUGCUUUCAGAAGGUAUUUUCAGCAGCCUUGGGCAGUUCAUGCACAGAGCUGAAAAGGCACUGACACUACCUUGAACUUAACUCUAUACUACUGAAUGGCUGUUGCCCCAUAAAUAAAGUUUCAACAGUGAUUCAAUUACACUUCACUUGUCCUUCUCUAACAGGCACCCCCACCCCACAGGCCCAGAAACACUCCACAGAUUAGCCUCAAAAUCAUGAAGUUAGAUGUCUGCUUAAGUUAAAUAUUUGAAUUAGACAAGGGAUUCCUGCUUUAUGACACUCUAAAACAGUACCCAACUGUCAGUUGGAAAUUUGUCUUCCUGCUUUGUAAUAAGAAAUCUGAAAGGAGAGGGAGAAAUGCAACUUUACGAUAUACCCCUGCAUGAAAACUGAUGUCCUAAACCAAAAUGUAGCUGGCUGAAGUCUGUUUUCAAGAGUUAUUUAAAUUUGAUUUAGUAACAUCAGGAAAUGUUGAGUGGUGAGCUUAGUGUAGCAUGUAAAGGAUUAAUCAAGAACCAAGCUUGUUUUCCAAAUUUCUUUAGAGACUUCUGUUUAGCUCCCUUCCUUACACCCAUGCACCUUGCCCUUUAGCCUUCCUACUGAAAAAGACUUUUUCCCAUAAGGAGGCUCCUAAUGGUGUUUAACUCAAGUCAACCUGAAGUCUAUGAAAAACAAAACUUCCCCCUUCUGCCUCCAGCCUUUCCUCCCUAAAUCCCUCUGGAGGUCUUCAAGAAUGGAUCCUUUUUUCUGCAGACCUUAAUGUAGCUGGAGAAAGCAAGAGGUGUAGGUGACUCAGAACAGCAGUUAGUUUCCCCCUUCUCUGAACCUAAGGUUUACAAAAGGAGAAAAUCCCUCCUGAGCCUUAUGAAGGAGUUGGGGGAGGAAGUUUCCUCCCCAAGAACCCAUCAUGAGCACAGGGAGAAGCUGAAGGAGUGAGAGGAGGAGUCUCCUCUAUUGAUGUUGCUUCUCCUCUCCACCAGACAUGUUAACUGUUUCCAUUCUUUUGGACCAUAGGACGGUUUCAGUCCUUUGGAAAUGAGUGAGUUAAUAGGACAGGAGCUCUGUUCCUAGGCACCUUGUAGGAUCUAAACAAGGGGACAAACCUUUAUCUUAAUGACACUUUUUGUAAAAAUUGGAACUUCUUUAUUACAGGCCAGAGGAGAACUGCAGCUACCAUGCUCUGGCACAGAGGAUGAUGCGUGAGCCUUUUGACCAACAGCUGAAAACAGACUUCUCCUAGACUUUUUAGUGCAGGGGUGGGCAAACUUUUUGGCCUGAGGGCUGCAUCGGGAUUCUGAAAUUGUAUGUUGGGCUGGUUAGAGGAGGCUGUGCCUCCCCAAACAGCCAGACAUGGCCUGGCUGCUGCCCCUUAUCUGACCCCCCCCUGGGAUUCCUGCCCCAUCCUGCACCUUCUGCCCCUGCUGUCCCAUCCAACCCCCCUGUCUCCUUCCUGACUGCCCCCCCUGUGACACCUGCCCCAUCCAACCCCUCCCUUCUCCCAGACUACCCCCCAGGAUCCCUGCCUCAUCCAUCCUCCCUGACUGCCCCUUCCAACUCCUCCUCUCCUUCCUGACUGCCCCUCUGGAACCCCUGUUCACACCCCUCACCACCCCCUGAAUUCCCCUGCCCUCUAUCCAACUCCUCCCUGCCCUAUUACCACGCUGCUUGGAGCACUGGUGGCUGGCAGCAUGGCUGCACCAGGACAGGCAGCCGCACAGCACAGAGCACCGGGUCAGUCCGGGCUCUGCAGCCCUGCCGCCCAGAGUAUUGUGCUGUGUGGCGGCAGGGGAGGGGGGACACCAGGGAAGGGGUUGGGGGCUAGACUCUCAGGCCAGGAGCUCAGGGGACGGGCAGGAUGGGCUAUAGUUUGCCCACCUCUGUUCUAGAGGCUGCAGUGUGCCUACUAUUGUAGGUUACUAGAGUUUGCAGGAAUUGAGUUUGUCUCCUAGUCCUCAUAACACUUUAAAAAAACUCAUUAAAGAAAUGUCCAUAACUUCAGUAAGAUGAAGUUAAUAUUUCAGCUGUUUAAUUGCUGUAAGUACAUGCUACCAUUAAAAAAACCUCCAGAAAAUACAGUUAAGGUUGCAGUUCUCAAACAAAGUCCCUGAUCUACCUUAACUGUCCCUAGUGAUGCUCUGAGAAUAGCAAACUCCUGUGAUAUUAUAUAUUCAGAAGAUUCAUUAGCCCAGUGACUAGAACACUUUAGAAUGCCUUAAGGGGUUGUGUGGCUGUUAGGCCAUACAUAGCACCCCAAAAAAAAAUCAUAGUGUAUGGGAGCCAAUCCUUCCCCCCCAUCUUCAGUAUGGGCCUGAUCCUGCCAGCUACUGAGGGCAUUCAGCUUCCUACAGCAAAAACUUAGAUGGAAUCAGUUUGAUCCUGUAAGGUGCUAGCACCUUGUUCUCCAAACAGCACUAGCUGUAUUAUUAAAAACAGAACUAGCUUAUAUUUCAGCCUCAUACACUCAUGAGAGCUAACAUGAAAAAAAAUAGUAUGAUAAAAGUCACCAAUAAAUAUCAGGCAUUUAUAUAUGAAACAAGUUAUAAAGCUAGUUUUCUUUGGAGCACUCCAUACAGAGAAAGGGAGAUGGUAGGAUGGCAUCUUUGGAGCCAGAGUUAAUGUUCAUUGGGAAUGCUGUUUGAGAUAUAACUUAACAUUCUUUAAGGAUAAUGUGCACUCUAGCCCUGUCUGCAACUUGCACUUCACCUCAAUGAAGUGUUUUGGGUGGGAGGAAAGAGGCAGUUAUGCUAACAUUAGAGUAUUACUAUCCCAACUCUGGAAAAACUGUUUCAUCAGCUAAUACGAUUAAGCCAGAAAGUGCCUUAUACUGAGCUUUAACAUAGGAGGAAACUUGCUUUAGCAACCACAUGUAUUCUGCUAAGAUGCUGUGUGGGCUGUAAUAAUGGGGAUGAAAUAAAUAUUGUGAAAUGGGGGUAAA